GGAUAGUGAGUAGCUGUCCAAAGGGAUUAUGGUACAAGGGGAAUGUUGGUUCUCUUAUAUAUGGCAUGUGAAAGCAGUGGAGCUAAAGGAUGAGAAAAAUGGAGGCCACAGUUUUUGGGGGAUAAGGUUAUGAGAAUUUUGUCAAACGGGCUUUGGUCAUUUGGUGUGUCUGCACUCUUCAAGCUAGCAUGAGUCGCAACAAUUCACACUCACUCUCUGUAUGUGUGCAUUGCAAGCCUGUUCAAAGCAUUUAAUGUUUUUCCAUUUAAGAGCCCCGUUAGCAUCAGAGGAACAUGUCCUGCAUUUGUGCUGCCCUGAGCUUACAUUUAUCAUCAUGGUUUCGUUAGCAUCACCAGCCAUGGAAUGUUGGUAGCCCAGAUAAAGCAAGGAGGAGAGAGAGAGAGAGAGAGUGAAGCUGUAAUGGAGAGGCUCCAAGGAACCAUUAAUCCUUCUUUCUUUGGAGAACAGCUGGAGGGUGAGUUGUGUUUGGAGCAAGAAAGCAGAGUAGCUUCGGAAUUAGGGCAUGAAUUUGUGGACGCAAGGAGUUUCAGAUUUGAAGAAGAAACAAAAACAGGCUUAGAGGACAAUAUGCCUUUCCUUCAGAUGCUGCAAAGCGUGGAAUCCUCACAUUUCGUACCCUUCACGGAGCCCAGCUUUCAGGUGAUGCUCUUGGGAUUACAGCACCAGAAAAAGCCAUUACAGAUCACCCAUUCGCCGGAAAUCACCGCCGGCCGGAACGUUCAGGCCAUAGAGCACGAAAGCUGCGUCACCCACGACAUGCCGGAGAUGCCUACGCCUGUCAAAUCCAAGGAACGGGAACACCCUAAAUCUCGGCCCCCGGCGGCCCCUUGCCGGGAGAGGAGAAAGCGGAAGAGAACGAGGGCGAUGAAGAACAAGGAGGAGGUGGAAACCCAGCGCAUGACCCACAUUGCCGUCGAGCGCAACCGGCGCCGCCAAAUGAACGACCACCUCAAUGCACUGAAAUCCCUCAUGCCCGCAUCCUACAUCCAAAGGGGUGACCAAGCAUCCAUUAUUGGCGGCGCAAUCGACUUCGUGAAACAGCUGGAGCAACUGCUUCAAUCUCUGGAGGCUCAGAAGAGGAUGAAGGAAGCCGAAGAAGACGGAGAUGGCUGCCCCACGGCGUCGUCCUCCACGCCGUUCGGCUGUUUGUUCACGGCGCCGCAGCCGCAGCAGCAGUACGACAACGGGAGUGUUUCAGCGCCGGGGAACAAGUUGUCGUCGUCGGAGGCGGAAAUCGACGUUACAGUGAGCGUGGUCCAAACGCACGCGAACAUGAAAAUUCAGUGCCGGAGGAGGCCGGGGCAGCUGCUCAAGGGCAUUGUUGCCAUGGAAGAUCUCAGACUAACAGUGUUGCAUCUCAACAUUACCUCCUCACAGUGCUCCGUUCUUUACUCCUUCAAUCUCAAGAUAGAGGAAGAUUGCAAGUUGGGAUCAGCAGAUGAGAUUGCAGCAGCAGUUCAUCAGAUCUUUAGCUUUAUCAAUGGCAGCCGAUAGUGAUUAGGGAUUAGGGACAACUGACCCCCUUCUGCUAAAAGGCAGAUGCUUUUUUUCCUUUAGGGUCUGGUCUGGGUGAACAAAUUUUGAAAAUUUUAUUUUUGACAUAUAGUUUUAUAAAUUUCCAACUUUAAUUACCUUUGCAUCCUCUUUCAUUGCCAUCUCUAAUAUGGCAAACAACCAGCCCUGCCAUUGAUUUCUUCCCUUAACCUGCACUAGCAUCUCACAAUGAAUACUUCUUCCCACAUCCAUUCCACCCUCCUUAGAACCCUAGGGCAAUUGUUUCCUUUCCUUGAACACACCUCAGCAAUUCUUCUUAUAUUCAUCUUCUUCACCUUAAUAUGUUCCAAUUGCAUAGCAAGCCAUUCUCAUCCUCGUUCAUUCUUAGAGCCCUAAUUAAGCAUUUACUUUAAGAAAGUGGAAAUAGCUGAACUUGAAACCCAUAUGUAGGAAUGUGCUGUACCAUUUCUACAGGAAUUUGGGUUAUCAAAAAGUAAGAUAAAAGUAUUUUGUGAGCACAUUGCGUGUCAAGUAAAUCCCAAACAUCUUCCUCACAAAAUUUUGGAAUGGGAAUAUCAAGAAUUCUCAACUCAUUUGCAAAGAUUUGUUGAACCGGAAACAACCCUUGAAGCUUUACAUCCUUAUGGUUUUCUGCCAAUAUAAAUUUGCAAAAUGACCUUGAUUUCACUUGCGACAAUUCCAUCUCAGAGAGGGUUCAAGAAUCCCAAUGUUUUUUGAACCACAAACUAGUUUGAAGGCAUUUUCUUGUUGCGCCUUGGCGUGUUAACAAUCUGCAGAUUAAGUGCAACUACCCAUCCUAACAAAUGUGCACAUUCCGUUUUAUUUGGAGUCUUAAGUAGUGUGGAGGCAGUAGGCACUUCUCUGCUGGACCUUUGCUUGAAUACUAUCUGCAGAAGUUUUGCAAGUAUGUGCACGGCACACCAAUUGAAAGUGCACCUUCAGCUGUGCUGCUGCACCUUUGUAUAUGCUUGACUUGCAUAAUCUUCUGCAAGUGCUCAGACCAAUUUAUACGGAAAGACUCUUGAAGAUGUGAGAAAGUUUUGCAGUGUUGGGAGGGAGAACCAUUUCUCAUUUGCAGCAAGAUGCAAUCUCGAGUACCUGAGAACGUUGGACAUACUCUUUCUAUUGAAUUGUCAGUGAAAUUUAUAUAAAUUAAAGCAUGUAAACUGCUGAAAGACACAUGAUGACAUUCAACAAUUGUAUGUAAUUAUGUAUAUAGCUAGUUCACUUUGAUAAGUUUAAUGAAUUUUGAAGUUGCAAUUGCCCAUGUGGUCAA